AUGUCUGCGAUAGAAGAUGAACAGGAAGUUUUGAUAUUACCAUUAUCGAUAUUUGAAAUUAAAAAAAUAAAUAAAAAUAAGAGUAUGCAUGGCAGUGCAUCAUUUGUUGAAAUUGAACUCGAAGAAUGUGAUAAUAACAAUGAUGGUAAUAAUGAUAUUUAUAGUAAUUUAUCAACAAUUCAUAGUGAUCCUAAAAGACAUUAUGAUCGACUUAUAUAUUCUAGUAAAGCCUCAACACUCUAUGAACAACUUAAUGCGUCUAUAACGGAAGAAGAUUUUCAUUUAGAUAAUGCUGAUGGCAAUAAUAGUAGUAAGAACAAUUUAUCAGAAGUCGAAGAUUCUGAUUCGUUAUCUGACGAAGAUUUUGACACAUAUUUGUAA